UGUGAUCGCUUUGAGUGAGACGUUCGUCUGUGAGAGAGUCGUUAAUCACACGGUCUGAUGGAUGAGUGUGUGUGUGUGUCUCGGCAUGUUGGCUGACUUGUGUGUGUGUGUGUGUGUGUGUAAAUGACAGGAGAGCGUGUGUGUGUGUGUAGACGGCAGAUCACCGCUGGCGCGUGAACAUGGCACCGAAAGAUCCUCUCCUCAGUUCAUUGAAAGUGUGUGUCUUGAACCUUCAGUCAGAUGAAGACUCUACGAUAACAGACGCCAGCCCUCACCUCUCCUCCUGCUGUGAGCUCCUGGAGCUGGUGCUCAGGAAAGGACUCCAACAACCAGUUCUCAGUCUGGUUCACAGAGAUUACUGGCACUGUUUUGAGCAGCUGCCACAUCACGACACCUGCUCCAGGCUCUCCGCUCUGUCGUUGGCCGUGGAGCAGACCAGAGUUUGCAGGAAGCUGCUCUCGGCUCAGGGUCGAGGACGUUACCUGCUGCGACUGGCCCUCAACCGCAAGACCCUCCCACAGUUCAUCACCCACCUGCUGCACACGCCGCGAGUCCUGGAGUGGUACAGUCCGACGCUAUCAAUCCUCAGGAAUGAAGAAUUUUUAGAGCCUUUCAUGUCACUGUUGCUCGUCCUCUCUCACAUGCAGUUUAAACUGGAUAUGGAGAAUUGCAGUUUUCUGGAUGAGAGUUGUCUUCUUCCGGUGUGUGAAAUGUAUGAGGUGGUGCCCUGUCGGGAAGUCGGGAUGGUUUUGAGGUAUCUAAGUGGACGCGUCUUUGUCCUCGAACUAGUGCCUGGCAGUCAGGCCCACGUGGACAAGUUUGUGUGUCCCGGUGACAUUAUUGAUGAAAUCAACGGAACGUCGCUGAGGAAUUCAAAGUGUGGGCAGGCAGGUGUGCUCCUGUCACGACUGAAGGGUUGCCCCCUCUCCAUGCGUGUCCUGCGAUGGCGUGCCCAUGAUGGAACCAUGUACCGGCCUCUUGUCAAGCUCCUGCGGGCACUUAAGACAGAAAACCCCACACUGCAGCUCAAUCCUGCUCCUUCGCCAAACUCUGUCCCCCCGGAGCAGACGCCACCGUCUACUUCACAGUGUCUCAAAGAGGGAAGGAUUGUGAACAUUGUGCAGUUCUUGGGAAAAGCAAGCAUUGGAUUGUUUGGAGGAAAGGAAGUGCUACAGCAAGCAAUUCCACAGGUGCUACAACAGAACUUGCCGAGCAAGGAAGUGCUUUUAGAUAUGAAGGAAACACAUUUGACAUGCACAGAAAGAAGCUCCAAACAGGAGCUGUUUGAGCAUCACUAUCCUGAAAUUUCAUGCGUGGGGAGAUACGGUCAACCAGACUACACGAUAUUUGCCUUCUGUGUGGCAGACUCCCCAGAAACCCCUCAGUCAGGCUUCUGCUGUGUGGCGCUCAAAGCCAGCACCAUCAAGGAGUGUGAGGAGAUUGUGUGUCGUAUAGCUGCUGGGUUCAAACACACAGAAUGGUUUGUAUGACAAUCAGCUCAUUUUAUUGUAAAUAAAAUUAUACUCUUGCCGUCUGUGCGACUACAUUUUAAAAUCAAUACAGUACACCGGACUUUCUACUCAUAAAGACCUUUAAUAGAAAGACAUGUGACAACAUUUUUCAUAAAUAGUAUUAAAUGUAGCUGCCAAGAUUUUAUGUUGGAAAACGCAUAAAAAGCAGUCCAGAAAAAGACAGAGUGGUCAGUCGUGCUCAUGGUCACACAGUGCACAGUAUCAACUGUGGUCGUCGACACAGCAACACUGCAGUGAAACCCACUGAGCUCGACGUGCUGGCAUUUCAUUGGACAUUGUAGAAGGGCGAAGACACCCUGUGGAAGAUGUGAUGAAUUGAUCCUUGCUUUAGAACGAUACCAAUCCCAAAGAUGGAGCUAGGUCCCCACAAAAGGACUCGGAGAAGUUGAAUGAUGGCUGUUACGCGCAUAGUAAUGACCCAUGAUGGUUUACACAGAUAACCCUACUGCACAACAUUUCCAGCUACCCAAAGUGUACUCAGUCCCGUGGAAUGGUUGAUGUAUUGUCUCAAUCUAAAAAAUACAAAAAGAAAACUUAAAAAGCCAAAGAAAUAAAAAUGUCCACAAAAUGGUUAUGUGUGAUAAAUAGGAUCAUUUGUCAUGGCAGUGCUGCCACCAGCCGCUUAGGCCCUCUCUCCUCUUAUCCUGCGGGCCAGCUGGAUGUCUUUGGGCAUGAUGGUGACACGCUUGGCGUGGAUGGCGCACAAGUUUGUGUCCUCAAA